ACACAGCUGCUGAUUACUUGGACACCGUGGAAUAAAGAGGCGGAGAGAGAGGAGACCUCGCUCUCGGACUCUGCCUUCCAAUCGCUUUAGGGGAGAAUUCUAGUUUGGAUGUCGAGAGAUUCCUGAGCCUUCUGUGCCAUCGGAGGAGGAAACGCAUCCUCGCGCGCGCGCACACACACGCACGCCCGGGGCCACACUUGCACGCCCUCCACCAGCGCACACCCGCUGGACCCGGGUUCCCUAUGCCCCUGGAUGCUGGCGGCGGAUUGGCAUCUCGGAAGCGAUGCGAGCGCGGUAAGGCUGGCGCCGGCCGCGGACGCUGCAGGAGCUUCGCUAGGUGUUGCCACCUCCGGGAAGCCGGGCUGCAGGAUGAGUAAGAGAUACUUACAGAAAGCAACAAAAGGGAAACUGCUAAUAAUAAUAUUCAUUGUCACCUUGUGGGGGAAAGUUGUAUCCAGUGCCAACCAUCAUAAAGGUGGAUUUCCAGUUGCCCCAACACCAUUUAUUGAAGAGACUGUCCUUUCUCCAUCUCAUCAUGUUAAAACGGGAACUUGUGAGGUGGUGGCACUCCACAGAUGCUGUAAUAAGAACAAGAUAGAAGAACGGUCACAAACUGUUAAGUGUUCCUGCUUCCCGGGACAGGUGGCCGGCACCACAAGAGCUGCUCCUUCUUGUGUAGAUGCUUCCAUAGUAGAGCAGAAGUGGUGGUGCCAUAUGCAGCCAUGUCUAGAGGGAGAGGAAUGUAAAGUUCUUCCUGAUCGGAAAGGAUGGAGCUGUUCCUCUGGGAAUAAAGUGAAAACUACUAGAGUCACCCAUUAGCCAAGGGAUAAACCAAGUGAUCCUCAAGGUGAGGACACUGAACACGUGCAUUGAAACUUAACUCCUGAGGUGAUCUUGAUGGAAGAUUUUUAUACCUGUCAGAAGAGGUGCUCCUGAGUCCAUUAUCCCACAGGAUUCACAGGAUUUCAUGUCUCACGAUUAGCCUUUGCUUGAAAUCAAGACUUUUAAAAAAAAGACCGACAUGAACUUCUGUGUCAAGAAGAUGUCGUCGCAGUUGGACUGUGUUCCGUCUGGGAAAGUGUUGAAGGAGUUAGACGUUGCCAUCGGCCGAGCUGGGCGAGAGUUGUGGUUUUCAGGAUAAAGUCUGAGACAGCAGCCACUUUUGGGAUUCUUGUCUACAGAUGUGACUGCUUUUCUCAUCUCUGAAAUCGUCUCCCGUGUGCCCUGUCCUUCUGCUAUGGCUGUGUCCCUGGAUCCUCUAUUGAUUGGCUAAUGGGACUGAACUGCUUUCCUGACAUUUCGUUUGCAAACUUCUCCGCUGGCAUGAUGUAGACAGAGACCAUUUUAUUUGUACCCUGAUCCUGGAGCUCUGAAAGCCUACAUGUUUUAACAUCUCAAAGUUGCUUUUCUUAAAGGAGUCGAAAUAUAUAUCCAUUGAUAAUAAUUAUUGUUGGCGAGUAAUAAUUACCUGAAUACGUCAAUCACGUAAGAAUGUAUAGACAAGCUGACAUGUUUCCCCAAGGCUAACAACACUACUACAGCUCUCUGCCAGCUGAAUACGUAGCAGUUAGAACUGGAUUGCCCUUCUCAUUACACAAUCCUUAGUACCUCUGGAGCACUCUCCCUUUCUGGUUUU